CCGCAUAUGAAGAAUAGAAGAAAAUAUCUGAUAAAAGUAAUAGCAAUAGUAGUGGUAAUAAUAAUAAUAAAUAAUAGUCGUGAUAGUAGUAGUAGUAAUAGUAGUAGUAGUAGUAGUAGUAGUAGUAGUAGUAGUAGUAGUAGUAGUAGUAGUAGUAGUAGUAGUAGCAGCAGCAGCAGCAGCAGCAGCAGCAGCAGCAGCAGCAGCAGCAGCAGCAGCAGCAGCAGCAGCAGCAGCAGCAGCAGCAGCAGCAGCAGCAGCAGCAGCAGUAGUAGUAAUAGUAGUAGUAGUAGUAAUAGUAAUAAUAAUAAUAAUAACAACUACAACAACAACAAAAGAGAGAAAACAUAACAAAUACAUACACUCGAAACAA